AUGGUUGUGCGGUACAAGGUAGAUGAAGGUGGGCGUAUUGUGCACAUGCUGUGGUGCACAGGUAAAAACCAGCAGAAUUAUGAUAGAUUUGGUGACGCAAUGACUUUUGACACAACAUACCGCACCAACUUGUACAACAUGCCUUUCGGCCUAUUCGUCAGAGUAAACAACCAUUUCCAAUCAGUUGUGUUCGGGGGAGUACUACUAACCUCAGAGAAGACAGAAGACUUCGAGUGGGCCUUCGCAAACUUCAAGGACAUAAUGAAGGGCAAGGAGCCAAUGACGAUACUCACAGACCAAUGUCAGGCAAUGGCGGCGGCAAUAAAAACAACGCUGCAGACCUCACGACACCGGUGGUGCAAGUGGCAUGUACUAAGGAAGGCCAAACAAUGGUUGGGAAAUGUUUACACGAAAAAUACUGGGUUCAAAAGUGAAUUCAACAAAUUAGUUACUGAGGAGGUUUCGAUCAUUAAAUUCGAGAGAAGGUGGCGACAACUAGUGAGGAAGUAUGGGGUGGAAAAAAACAAGUAUCUGAAAAGAAUCUACAAGCAUCGAGGAAUGUGGGCUAGGCCUUACUUCAUGCAUGUGUUUUGCGCUGGAAUGACGAGCACACAACGGAGUGAAAGCGCAAACCACAUGCUAAAAGGGUUCAUCCAGCGAUCAGCGCCUAUGCACAUCUUUGUUAGCAAGUUCAAUGAGUUCCAGAAUGAUCGUAUCGCACAAGAAGAAAAGGAGAUCCACGUCACAAAGCAGAUGAAAAGGAAACGGCGGAUUGGUGUGCCAAUAGAGAGGCAUGCAGAAGAAAUCUACACCAGAGCCAUGUACGACCGCCUAUACAACGAGCUGUACCACGCAGGCAGCUACUUGAUCAAAGGGAGAGGCGCGGACGAAGCAUACAUUCUGGUGCACUACAAGGAGGAUGGAGCAACAGAUGAGAAAUUAUUCCUGGUUAAAGACUCCGGAAAUUUUAUUAGCUGUAGCUGCGGGCUUUACAACCAUGUCGGAAUGCUAUGCAGACACGCAUUGAAGGUGUUGAUGCACCUGGACAGAACGGAGUUGCCAUCCGGUAACAUACUAGCCAGAUGGAGAAGAGAUGUGGCAUGCGAAACAGGACAUGUAAGCGGUCAAGGGGUGGAGACCAGUAGCUUAGAAAGCGCGACAUACAUUCAGAAGAAGUUGAUGGUGCGUAGAGUACUAGCCAAGGCCGGAGUAGAAAGAACCUUGGACGAGUCAGGUUAUAAAGAAGCAAUGGAUGCGCUAGACAAGAUAAUUUCAGUACGAACCACAAGAGUGGAGGAGAAGAAGAUAGAACUUGGGGAAACAAGCGAAAAGCCAACCUCUUGCCCAAAACGGGCAGUGAAGAAGGGUCGCCGUCAAAACACGAGCCUGAAAUCUUACAAAGCUAGCUUAAAGGAGCAAAAUAAGAGAAAAAAAUACGAGGAGGAUGAAAUCAGUUCAACAUCAGAUAAUGAGCAAGUGACCGGAACCAGGAAGACGAAGGCACUUUGGGAGAUAGAAUAG